GCUCUGCUCUGCUGAGGGACCUGCUCUGCUCUGCUGAGGGACCUGCUCUGCUCUGCUGAGGGACCUGCUCUGCUCUGUUGAGAGACCUGCUCUGUUGAGGGACCUGCUCUGUUGAGGGACCUGCUCUGCUCUGUUGAGGGACCUGCUCUGCUCUGUUGAGGGACCUGCUCUGCUCUAUUGAGGGACCUGCUCUGCUCUGUUGAGGGACCUGCUCUGUUGAGGGACCUGCUCUGCUGAGGGACCUGCUCUGCUGAGGGACCUGCUCUGCUGAGGAACCUGCUCUGUUGAGGAACCUGUUCUGCUGAGGGUCCUGCUCUGCUGAGGGUCCUGCUCUGUUGAGGGACCUGCUCUGCUGAGGGACCUGCUCUGCUGAGGGACCUGCUCUGCUGAGGGACCUGCUCUGUUGAGGGACCUGCUCUGUUGAGGAACCUGCUCUGCUGAGAGACCUGCUCAUUCUCCAGGACUAUGGCACCACAUGUGGUACAUGGAGUCUCUCUUUCACAGCCCUGGUGUCUUCCUCUCUUUUUGCUCCUUCUCUCCCUGUAUUCCCUGACGGUGGCAGGGUUCAACCUGGAUACUAGCAUGACUCUGAUCAAGGAGGGGGAGAAAGGGAGCUUUUUUGGAUUUUCUGUAGCACUUCACCAGCAACUCACCCCAGAACCACACAGUUGGAUACUGGUGGGGGCUCCCCGGGACAGAGGACUGGGCGUCAUGCGGAGACAGCGUACUGGCGCCCUGUACCGCUGUCCAAUCACAGGCGAGGAGUUUGACUGCGAGCGCGUGGACAUCGAUGGAGACGUAAACCUCGACAGGGAGAGCAAGGACAACCAGUGGCUAGGAGUGACAGUCAAGAGCCAGGGGAUUGGAGGAAAGGUGGUGACCUGUGCCCACCUGUAUGAGCUGCGUCAGCGUGUGGGCCUGCCGUCUGAGACACGGGACCCUAUCGGGCGUUGCUAUGUCCUGAGUGAGGACCUGACAGAGAGGGACGACUUGGACGGAGGGGAGUGGAAGUUCUGCGAGGGGCGACCCCAGGGACACGAACAGUUUGGCUUCUGUCAGCAGGGCCUGUCUGCCGCCUUCACACCAGACAACAACUUCAUCAUGUUCGGCGCUCCAGGAACGUACAACUGGAAAGGGCUCUUGUUCAUGGCUAGUCCUGAUGAAGAUGCGCUGGUGUACAAAACUCUGGAGCCACGCUCCAACUGGCCCAUGUUUGAGGACGUAGCUCAAAAUAGCUACUUAGGUUUCUCGGUGGACUCUGCUAACGACAUAAUGAGCCAUGGGGAGCUGACCUUCGUGGCGGGGGCUCCGCGAGCCAAUCACACGGGAGCGGUGGUGCUACUGCGUAAAGACAACGUGUAUCGCCUGGUGCCACAGCACAUCCUGUGGGGAGAGGAGCUGGGUUCUUCCUUCGGGUACUCUGUGGCCACGGCUGAUCUCAACAGUGACGGCUGGACAGACCUGAUAGUGGGAGCUCCCAACUAUUUUGACAGGAAGACAGAGAUCGGAGGUGCUGUGUACAUCUUCCUCAACCGAUUCGGUAACUGGGAGUACGCUCAGCCAAUCAGGCUCAACGGAACUCAUGACUCCAUGUUUGGACUGACCGUCAACAAUGUGGGAGACCUGGACCGGGACGGAUAUGAUGACAUCGCUGUGGGGGCUCCGUUCGAUGGAGAUGGGAAAGUGUUCAUCUACCGAGGCUCGUCCUCGGGCAUCGACACCAAGCCUGCACAGAUCCUGGAAGGGGUGAAAGAGGGGGUGAAACGGUUUGGCUACUCCAUCUCAGGCGGCCUGGACAUCGAUGGGAACCUGUACCCUGACCUGGCAGUAGGCUCUCUCGGCGAUAAGAUGGUUCUGUACAGGUCUCGCCCCGUCAUUCACGUGACCCGGGAUGUAUCCAUCGAACCUCAGCACUAUAUUGACUUGGAGCAACACAACUGCAAGGGGAGAGAUGGAGUGUGUGUGGAGGUCAAAGUGUGCUUCACCUAUACUGCAUAUCCAGAGACAUACUCACCAGACAUCACCCUGGUUCUACUCUUCGAGGCUGACACCGAGCGCAGGAAGCUGGGCCUGCCCCACCGUGUUAGCUUCCUGGGUCGGAGUGCACAGGAGUCGGAGUACACACACACUGAUGAGGUGGAGCUGAAGGGUCAACGCCGUCCCGCCUGCCGGAGCGCCACCUUCCAACUACACGAGAAUAUCCGUGACAAGCUGCGUCCCAUCGCCCUGGCCAUCACCCACACUAUCAGACCCCCCAUGUUGUCCUCAGACACUAACCCAGAGGAACAACUGCAUCCCGUACUGGGCGUUGCCACCUCCAACACCCUGCACUCUGAGGUGAAUUUCCUGAGGGAAGGCUGUGGUGAUGAUAAUAUCUGUCAGAGCAACCUGAAGUUGACCUACCAGUUCGGAACCCGACCUAUAACCUCUGACCUCUUCACCCCUCUGCCAAAAGAUGAUGAGGAGGCGUCCGUUUUCUCUCUAUCUGACCAGAGGUCCGUGGUGUUGGAGGUGACCGUCACCAACAUGCCCUCUGAACCUCUGGACCCUGAGAAGGACGGUGACGAUGCCCAUGCCGCCCAGCUACUGGUGACCCUGCCAGACACCCUGUCCUACUCUGGCUUCAGGGGACAACAGGUGGUGUGUCAGGCCAAUCAGAAUGGCUCUCAGGCAGAGUGUGAGCUGGGAAACCCCCUGAAGAGAGAUUCUAUCCUGAAGUUCUACAUGAUCCUCGGCACCUCUGCUAUCACCAUAGAGACCACGGAACUCACUGUCAACCUCCUGCUGGCUACUAUCAGUGAGCAGCCAGACCUGGCCCCAGUCACAGCCGUGGCUAAAGUCGUCAUAGAGCUCCCUCUGGCUGCCAGCGGGGUGGCCCGGCCACACCAGCUGUUCUUCAGUGGUGCUGUGAAGGGGGAGAGUGCUAUGGAGACUCUGGACGACGUGGGCAGCGCUCUGGAGUUUGAGUUUACGGUGACCAACACUGGGCCGUCCCUGCAGACUCUAGGCUCUGCCUUCCUCAACAUAAUGUGGCCUCAUGAGCUGUCCAAUGGGAAGUGGCUCCUGUACCCCACCGCGUUUCACUUCAAGGGCCAUCCAGAAACCCACUGUAGAUCCCACACCUCCCUCAACCCACGGAAGUUCUCCCACAGCUCUCCUUCUGAAGACCAGCAACAGGCUACAUUUAGGAGGAAGGUGCGAUCCCAUCCGGACGACGAGGGGCAUGUGAUGACCAAGGGCAGUCUGGGUAGGACCACGCCCGCUGUGGCUGCCUCAGAGAGACGGAAGUCACUCAAACUGGACUGUCUGCUGGGUUCAGCACGUUGCGUCCUUUUCCAGUGUCCUCUCCUCAGCUUCUCCGGCUCUGCUGUCCUCAAGAUCCAGGGACGUUUGUGGAACAGCACCUUCCUGGAGGAGUUCCCAUCAGUCAGUGCUCUGGAGCUGCUGGUAAGAGCCAACAUCACAGUCAAGUCGAGCAUCAAACACCUGGUGCUGAGGGAUGCUGCCGCACAGAUCCCAGUGAUGAUUUACCCAGAGGUUGGUCUGACUGCCCAGUACUGGAUCCCCUGGUGGUGGAUUCUCAUAGCCAUCCUGGCUGGUAUCCUGGUGUUGUCCCUGAUGGUCUUCAUCCUCUGGAAGUGUGGUUUCUUCCGUCGGGUCCAGUAUGAAGACCAAGUGCCUCAGUACCAUGCGGUGAAGAUUCCCCACCAGGACCUGCCCCAGUUCCAUGAGAGCCAGAAGGCAGGGGUCCUCCACAAGAAAGAAUGGACUACACACUGGAGCGACGGAACCUCCUGAUCGACAGCAACAACAAAAACAGCAACAACAAGGAAUUGAAUAAUAACAAACCCCUCGAUUCAACCCAUAUGGCACUCAAUUAACUCUGCGGUGUAAUAAAUGUGUGCACACAGACUGGCCGUGACACAUUUGGGGCUACGUCCUCAUUCUUCACCCUUCUUCUGAAGUGGACUUAUUAAUGCUGACUACUCUCUCCUGCAUAUGUAUAUGGACAGUGAUGCUAACUUUCUACAUCGUCUCUAUAGUCCAGCAUUUUGGAUUUGAGAUCAAAUGUUCCGUAUGAGGUGACAGUACAUAAUGUCAUCUUUCACUUGAGGGUAUUAUUUAUGUAUAUCUGAUUUACCAUUUAGAAAUGAAAGCACUUUAUAGAUCUAGUCCCCCUCAUUUGAAGAUGUCAUAAUUAAAUGGACAAAUUUCACUUAUAGCGUCAAAUGUAGUAUUUGGUCCAUUAUUCCUAGCACACAAUGACGACAUCAAGUUUGUGACGAUCCAAACUUGUUGUAUGCGUUAGAUGGUUCUAAAUACUUCUACAUGAAUGUGGAUGCUAACAUGAUUAUGGUUAUGGAUAAUCUUGAAUCAUGAAAGACGAUGAGUGAGAAAGUUACAGAGGGUCAAAGAUCUUUCCCCCAAGACAUGCUUG